GCAGAUCUUCCCUUCGGUGACCAUCCUCAUGACUGGGGUCGCCGGUUUCGAUGAGUUUUAUUGCCAAAUAUGACUGCUACAAAGUGGAGACGAUAUCAGAGUCGUGCUUGGUUGUUAGUGGUUUGCCGGUAGAAAAUCACGGUGAUCACGUGCAUAUUAUCGCUAGCCUGGUGCUAGAAAUGCGGACCGAGUUCGAGCGAGGAUUUCCGGAAGGUCUCCACCUGAAAGCAGGAAUACAUAGCGGUCCUUGUGCUGCUGGUGUUGUGGGCACCGCUCGACCGCGUUAUUGUGUAUUUGGUGAUUCUGUAAAUGUCACCUCGCGGUUGGCGUACUCCAGUAAAGCAAACAAAAUCCAUAUUAGUAACGCUGCGGAAGAGCUUCUUGGAUUUGACCCCAGUUUUAAAGUCACUCGGCGUGGUAUGACUUACUUGAAAGGAAUUGGAUCGGUAAUGACCUUUUGGCUGGAGGCUUAAUGAAGACCAUGGAUUUU